UUCGUCGGUCGUGUUGUCGGGUUUGUUUAUUGACGGUUGUGUCGGAUUAAAAUGCAAAUCGCGUAUAUUGUCGGUGGUGCUGAAUUAAAAUUUGUGAUUAUUUCGUGUCUUAUAGUGAAAUUUUGAUAUUUGGUAAUAUUUUGACCUGAGUGUCCAGUUUUUUGUGAUGAAAAUUGUGAAAAGGUUUUGUGUUUACAAGUCACAUAACCUUCAGUGUUGUGCGUUGCUUUGAAUCUAAAAUUCUUAGUAGCGUAAAUUUAAGUGACAAAGUGAAAUUUAUUUAGUUUUGCCAUGGGAUUUCAUGCUGUACGCCACCUCCUAUGCUUGAUUGUUUUUGUCAGUGCAUCACAAGGUUUAUCAUCGCAGCACAGUUCAUCCAGAGUCUCGGAUAGGGAUAGUUUGCCUCAUCAUGGUAGAUGUGAACCUAUUACAAUUCCUUUCUGUUUGGAUAUUAAGUACAAUGAAACAAUAAUGCCUAACCUACUGAACCAUCAAAAGCAGGAAGAUGCUGGUCUAGAAGUUCAUCAGUUUUUUCCUCUUGUCAAAGUUAAAUGUAGUCAUGAUCUUCAGUUUUUCCUUUGUUCAAUGUAUGCUCCAGUCUGCACCAUAUUAGACAGAGCUAUCCCUCCUUGUAGAUCAUUGUGUUUGUCUGCUAGAAAUGGGUGUGAAGAGUUGAUGAAUAAGUUUGGAUUUCCGUGGCCGGACGAUCUAGAUUGUGCUAAGUUUCCAGAAGCUGGAGGUCCUGACAUUUGUGUCGGAGAAAAUAACACUGCUGGAGCCAACAGUGGUAACACUAGGACCAGUAUUGGGCAAACAGCUCAUUCUGGAAUGGGAUUUCCAAGUUCAGGGUAUGCCCGUCCUGGCUAUGGUUCUAGAAUGCCCAAUGAUCAUAGUAUAGGCUUACCAAACUACCCUCACAUACCUGAAGGCGCAAGAGACUUUGGCUUUGCUUGUCCUGUUCAAUUCAAAGUUCCUAAAGGCAUGGAUUAUUCACUUAAAGUUGGCGACAAAAUCGAAAAAGACUGUGGGGCACCUUGUGAUGGUAUGUUUUUUACUGAAGAACAAAGAAGAUUUGCAAGGAUAUGGGUUGGAGUUUGGUCAGUUCUAUGUUGUGCAUCUUGUCUUUUGACUGUUUUGACAUUUAUGAUUGAUACAGAUAGAUUUCGUUAUCCUGAGCGACCUAUAAUAUUUUUGUCAGUGUGUUAUCUCGCUGUUUCCAUUGCUUACGUUAUCGGUUUUGGUUCAGGAUAUACGAUAGCCUGCCAGAAACCUUUUCCCCCACCCGUUCAUAUACCUCAUCUUCACAUGGUUUCUUUAAUAACUCAAGGAACGAAACACGAACUUUGCACAAUUGUUUUUAUGGUGUUGUACUUUUUUGGAAUGGCAUCUUCGAUUUGGUGGGUAGUGUUGACUCUGACUUGGUUUUUGGCUGCUGGAUUAAAAUGGGGACAUGAAGCUAUUGAAGCCAACUCUCAGUACUUUCAUCUUGCAGCAUGGGCUGUUCCGGCUGUCAAAACUAUAACCAUCCUCGCAAUGGGAAAAGUUGAAGGUGAUAUACUGACGGGAGUGUGCUACGUUGGUCUGUGGAACGUAGAAACUCUCCGCAGCUUCGUCUUAGCCCCUCUGCUGGUCUAUCUCGCCCUAGGGACAGUGUUUCUGCUGGCAGGCUUCGUCUCUCUGUUCCGCAUCCGUACAGUCAUGAAACAUGACGGCACCAAGACUGACAAGUUAGAGAAGCUCAUGAUUCGCAUCGGAGUGUUUUCCGUCCUCUAUACGGUACCCGCACUCAUCGUGGUAGCCUGUCUGUUCUACGAGCAAGGUUACUUCGACCAUUGGAUGGUGACUUGGCACAUGGACAUGUGUUCACGCCACAACUCCUACAGCAUCCCCUGUCCUCUGAACCGCGAGGUCGGCAGAAAGCCAGACUUUGAAGUUUUCAUGAUCAAAUACCUCAUGUGCCUCAUCGUAGGCAUCACAUCUUCCUUCUGGAUCUGGAGCGGGAAGACGUUCAACAGCUGGAAGGAGUUCUUCCACAGGGUGCGAGGACGUCGAGUGGAGGCGUACGUAUAAUGUACAUAUGCGAAACUUGUAUAUUUGUAACUAUGAUUUAAUGUAAGAAUGACCCGAUGUAUAUUUUGCGAGUCUUGUUCAAAGAAAACUUUAUGUAUGAGGAUGAGUUUGAGGGAGUGUAAAGUAGCUUAUUUUAACAAAAAUUUGUACUUUAAUUUAAACGGAUUUGAAAUUAAAUCAAAACUAAAAUUAUUGUGUUCCUAGUUGUAGCGUUGUAGCUAAACUAAUUCAGAACGCAUGGAUCACUCUGAUUCUAAAAUUGGAUCUAGGUGUUAUUUUUGUUUGGUUUCCAGUUUCAAUUAAAACUCCGUUAAGUAUCUAGAAAUUAAUCUUUAGGAUUGUUGCAGAAGGGGUGGUUUAUGAGUUAUUUUAACAAAGUUUGAAAUUUAUGUUUACUAGGUGAUUAUGCUCCUUAGUAUUGGAGCUAAUUAACUAAUUAAAUGGGUGUAAAAAGUGUAAAUGUCUUUUGUAAAUCUUUCUCCAAGAUGACAUCUGUUAGUUUUCUUUGAUCAAGACUCAACAAUGCAAUUAUUUAUCAUUGCUUGAGCAUUGAAUUGAUUCAAUAUCUUCUACCACCUGAAAUAUUUUACAUGAUACCAUAUUUGAGUGGUUACAUUUUUGUAUUUGGUCCAAAAUUUAUUUAAAGACUAAUAAUUAUUCAAUUUUGUAAAUUUAAGUUUUAGUAUUUUUUGAAUGAAAUGAAAUGAAAAUCCUUCUUUCUUGAGGUCAACUUAGGACCUCGUGGUCCUUUCUUACAUUUAACCUCUAAAAACUAAUACAACUACAAAAUAUUUUCAAAAAAUACAAUAAAGUUUUUUUACAAAAAGAUAGUACUUAUCAUUGAAUUUAUAUUUAAUUAUAUUUAUAUUGAAUUAUAUUUAUCUAGCAAUAUUAUUUAGAAAUGUUGCUAAAUAACCAUCCCAUUGAAUAGCGGUAAAAUAUGUUGAAUCAAACAUUGUAAUAUAAAAAUCAAAAUGCAGCUCAAACAAAUAUUUAGUUAGUUUUGUUUUAAGUUGUAGGCCUACUCAUUUUUACUAGUCCAACGUAUUGUGUUUGUAAUUUAGUUUUGAGGUUCGAUAUAAUGACACCAAUUGAUGACACAAUAUUUAAAAAUAUUGACAAAACUGUUAUUGUAUAUUGUUUAUUGUAAUUUUGUAAGUUGUUAUUGCGAUUUUUGCAUUUAUCCUUGUUGUUACAAGUAGUAUGAAUAGAGUAGAUGUAUUAUAAGUAGAGGUUUAAGCCUCAUAAUCACCUCUUGGUUAAAAUAAAUAAUUUAUUUGCAAAAUGGAAUACGCUUUUAUUUAUAAAGUUUUGUUUUUAACAUUUGACACACCAUAACAAGUUCGUUGUUAUACAAUUUGUUGUGUUGUUAACUUCUCUUAAUGUUUCAAACUUGCUGUCUUCAAUGUUUUACUGUCCUUCGCUGUUUAUUCUAUGCCUCAUAAAUGUUAUCUGUCUCAGUGUUUUUGUUUCAAAUAUUUAUACAAUUUGUUGAACUACUGUCAAUUUCUGCGGUGCUAAAAAGUUCCAUUUUGUAAUAAUCAACUUAAAAGUAUAUUUUGACUUUGAAGCUUGUAUUUAAAUUAUUCAAAUAUGUAUUUUUCAUUCUGCUUGUUUGUUUAAUACCUUACGCUAAGAUUAAAGUAAAGUUUGUAAACCUUGCUUUGCCAUUCCUAAUGCAAAGUAAUUAUUAAAAUAAGACCAUCACAUUUUUUACUUUUGCUAAGAACUUUUCAUUUUAAAAAUGAAUACUGUAGUAAUUAUAUUAUUGGGAGAUUCAUUCAACAUUAUGUCAUUGUGAAAUAGUUGAAUUUAGACCAGCUUUUGAUAUUUCGUCAUCAUAUCAUUUUUCUACUAGAUUUAUUUUAAAACACCGUUUGAACUUGAAAGAAUGUAAAUCUUAUCCCUACACUAUGUGUACUCUUCUCCGAAAACGAGUUUUCAACAUUUAUGUAGACAGCUUUUACUAAUUAUUCAAUAGAAUUAAAUACUGCCAACAUAGUAUUAAAACUUGGUCAUCCCCCCUUGUGGUUCAAAAUUCUAACCAGUUAUAAUUAAAACUGAACACUUUAAAAGUUGACCGUAGAUUUUUUUAUGACUCUUUUGGUUGAUCUGUAUUGUUUCUUUUUAUAUAAUUAGUGCUGGUAACAUAUAAAAAUGUUUUGCUUGAACUGCUUGUAGGGAUAAUAUUUCUAUUUUUGAAAUCAAAUAACUUAAUAGAUGAUCCAACAAUUGCUUGUAUUAAUAUCAACAAAUACAUCACAGAUGAAAAUUUUUUUUAAGAAAAUUGUUAUGUACAAUAAACACACAUCAAUGUAGCCCCCCAAUAAUCAAUUUGACCAGGCACAAACAUAUCCCUUGUAACAUCGUAUCAUAUCCGUUUUUUUUUUCUCUCAGAGGAGCCAAAAUUCUUUUUGUUGACCCUGCUAGAAAAAAAUUAAAGUUCAAUUCUGGAGUUCUUGCAUGUUAUGUUUUUCUGCCAAUCAUCCUGUUCGAAAACUAUUUAUGGCUUGCAACACCGAUCAAUAUUUUAACAAAUAUAUAUAAAUCAAUAGUUUUAAAGAAUAUACAAAUAUUGUCCACGCUGGGUUCUUCCAUUGGAGAGUCGUGUUAAUUUGUUUUUUAUAUUGUUGGCUUUUUGAAUAAAACAUGAAAAUAAAUAAAAUUCAUUGAGCGUGAUUUCUAACAUGGAAACUAUAUCAUUAGCAAGUUUCAUUCAACAUAACUGCACUCAAGGUGUUAAUAUUAAAAAAUAAAACCAGGUACAGAUGUUAUAUCAAAAAUUUAUUCACCCUCAGGUAUAUGACAAUGUUGUUAGAAAACUGUAUUAACUCUAUUCAUGCUUGUUAUAAACUACAAUGAUGACGAGGGAAUGGAGGAGAGUAGAGGAAGGAUUAUGGAAGG